CGGGCGCUGGGAAUGGAGCUAGCCGAUUGAGGCCGCCACUGCAGCGUAGCCAGCAUGAACUUGGCCGCGAACUGAGGCCGCCAGCGGUUGGCGGGCACGGGGCCACGGGCCACGGGCCACUAGCCACUGGGUGAUCUGCAACCGAGCUGGGCUACUCCGCGGGCGCCUGGGGUCAGGCUGCCCAAGCCGGCGGCCGCGCGCCCCUCAGGCACGGGCCCCGCCGCCUCCAGAGCUCGCAGCACGCCCUGUGUCUAGGUCAUUUGGGAAGCACCUUGGAAAGUCAAGAAUAAAAUUGCAGGUCAAACAAUGGAUGACUGGAAAAGUCGGCUUAUAAUCAAGAGCAUGCUUCCCCAUUUCGCCGUGGUGGGAAAUCGUCAGGAGCCCAGAAAGCUCCAGGAAUCGUCACAGGGAACUAUUAAGAGGAGGCAAGAAGAACACUUCCUGUUUCCAGGCAUGGCUGAUGGAGGUUACCCUAAUAAAAUUAAGAGGCCCUGUCUUGAGGAUGUCACCCUUCCUGUGGGCCAUCCCAGCACCUCCUGUGCAGAGCUGCAGGUGCCUCCAUUAUCAAUGAACCCUAGUCCUGUGGCCAUGGGAGUAGCUGGCCCAUCUUUACUACUUGACAAUGACCCCAUGAAUGGCAGCGUUCUGGAUGCCUCAUUUACCAUGCCAUCAACUACAGAGAUGGCGCUGAAAGGGCACACUGUUCCAAACUAUGAGAAAACCAACAGUAUGCCAGGUGUAGACCAGGAAUUGCAAGAUCUGCUGGAGGAACUAACAAAAAUUCAGGAACCUUCUCCAAGUGAGCUAGACCUUGAGAAGAUACUGGGGAGCAAGCCAGAAGAGCCACUUGUCUUACAGAAUCUGCAGGUCAACCUGGGUACCACUGCCAAGCCUACAGUCCACCACAUGGCACACUUGGAGAGCCUAGGUUCCAGCAAGGACUUUGCUUCUAGCUGCAGCCAAGUCCCUAGCACCUCGCUACCCAUGCCACUCUCCUCCACAGAUCUCAGCUAUUCGAUUCCUUCUACCAGUAAACACAUGAUCUCACCCAGUUCCUCGACAGCAGAGACCAAGAACCAGGUCCAGGCCAUGCUCCCUGUCACUCUGUCACCCCUGCAGGCUCCCCAGUGGCAUCAUGCCCACCAGCUGAAGGCGCUAGCAGCCAGCAAGCAGGGAUCUGCUACCAAGCACCAAGGGCUGCCGCCUACAUGGUCAGGCCUGCCUCCCCCAGGCCUUUCCCCACCUUAUCGCCCUGUGCCGUCUCCACACCCACCCCCGCCCCCACCUCCACCCCCACCUCCACCCCGGCGUACGUUCAGCCCUCAGAGCCUCGCGGUGUCCUGCAUGGCACCCAACAGCUUGCAAGGCAGCAGCCUGCAGGGCUCUCCCAAUGCCUUACUCUCCAGCAUGGUGCCCAGCAGCAGUGCCACCCUGGGGCGUCCCAUGCCCUACACAGCCGAGAAGCUCCCCAGCCCAUCUCUCAACCAGCAGCAGCAGUUCACCCCACAGAGCUCCAUUCUUGCCAACCUGGUGAGGUCGACCAUCAAAAGCCCUCAGGGACAUCUCAUGUCUGCUCUGCCCACCAGCACCCUGGGGCCAUCCCCACCCUAUCGCUCAGAGAAGCUGGCCAGCCCAGGCUUGCCUCAACAGUCCUUCACCUUGCAGUGCUCCCGGAUACAGAACCUGACGCCCACCAGCCAUCUGCCAAGUGCACAGCAGCCAGCCAACCCCAUUUUCAAGCCAAUGACCAGCAGCUCGUCCAAAACCCUGAGCAUGGGUGUACAGCAAGGGUUGGUCAACGCCAGCCCAGGAGCCCCCGAUCCUUUUACUUUUGCCAACACCAAGCCCUUGUCCCAUUUUGUCUCAGAGCCAGCCCCUCAGAAGAUACCACCCAUGCCAGCCACCUGCAGGCAGCCUUCCCUGCUUCACUACCUGCAGCAGCCAACACAAGCACAGGCCUCUCCUGCCUCUGCCUCCUCCAGCAGCACUGUCACCUUUCAGCAGCAACUGCAGCAACUGCCGCAGCCAAAGCUGCAGUCGCGGUCACAGCCUGACCAGUCUUCAUUCCUGCUGCAACAGGUGAUGCAGCAGACGCGGCGCUUUCAGCGGCCAGUGGCUUCAGACCCUGCGCCUGCUCUGCCCAGACAGGGCUGUUGCCACCUGUUUACAUGGAAUUCUCCAGCGAGCUCGGUGGAGCAGCAGCCUCAACACUGGGACGCGUUGACUAACAGGCAGGAUCCUGAGCCUGGAGACAUGUCACCACCUAGCACCGGGUCACAUUGGUCUGCGAAGGGUCUGCUUCCAUCCUGCUCCACGUGUCCAAGUGGCUCCUGGCCCACUCUCGCUUAUGCUGCUGAAACAGAGCGGCCCACACUGGUGGGUCGCUGCCGUGUGCCACCUGCAGUCUGUUCCGUCUCCCGGGCUACUGGGACACAGCCAGCUGAGACUCAUGUAGACAAAGCCUGCAAGCUGGGGGAAGCCAGACCCCCCCAGGUCAGCCUCGGGCGACAGCCCGCAUCCUGCCAGGCCCUGGGGAGUGAGUCCUUCCUGCCCAGCAGCUCCUUUGCUCAGGAGCUGGCCCGAGUCACCUCGUACAGCACCUCAGAGGCAGCGCCCUGGGGCGGCUGGGAUCCGAAGGCCUGGAGGCAGGUGCCUGAUCCGCUGCUGCCUAGCUGCGCUGCUGCAGCAAGAGAAGCAGAGAUCAGGUCUUAUGGCAAUGACCCCUGAACAGCAAAGUGAAUAUAUCGCCCAACAGAUGAGUCAAUUUCAAGCUGUCCAAGAACAAGUCACCUCCAAGCAUAGCCAGCCUAAAGCAAGCCCCAAAUCCAAGCAGCACACAACGCCACCCGCAAGUGGGCUUCUGCAGAACCGUCUGACUCCAGGCAUGGCACCACCCACCAAGGGCCCAA